CCCCGAGCAUCUGCCCCAUCUUCUGCAUCCAUCUCAUCCGCCGUAACCCCCGCACCCCCCGUGCUGCAGCGCCCGCAUCUGCCCCAGGAUGAAUUACCUUCGGCGCCGCCUGUCGGACAGCAGUUUUAUCUCCAAUCUGCCCCCGGGGUACAUGAGCGACCUACAGAGACCCGACCCGACCCCGCAGAGCUCCGGCCCCGGGGGGUUCUUCAGCUCCUUCAGUAACGCGGUGAAACAGACGGCAGCAUCCGCGGGGCUAACGGCACCGACCGCACCGGCUGGGGAGAGCGGAGAGCGCCGCCUGCUGGUCAUAGAUCUGCCCCACAACGACUGGACGAAAUGUUUCCGAGGAAAGAGGGUCCACGGCAACUACGAGAUAAGAGUGGAGCAGGCUGAGUUUUCAGAAAUCAGUCUCUCCGCGCAUUCUGAUGGCGCUUACACCGUAGACUUGCAGAUGGUUCGGAAUGGGAAUAAAAUUGUCAGGUCGUUCCGACCAGAUUUUGUCCUCAUUCGACAACAUUCCUUCAGCAUGACAGAGAAUGAAGAUUUCCGGAACCUGAUCAUCGGCCUGCAGUACGCCGGAAUCCCCAGCAUAAACUCCUUGGAGUCCAUUUAUAACUUUAGUGACAAGCCAUGGGUGUUUGCCCAACUUAUAUCAGCCUAUAAGAUGCUGGGACCAGAAAGAUUUCCAUUAAUCGAGCAGACGUUUUACCCGAACCACAAGGAGAUGCUGGCGAUGCCGACGUUCCCUGUGGUGGUGAAGAUCGGACAUGCGCACUCCGGAGUGGGAAAGGUUAAAGUAGAAAACCAUUACGAUUUCCAGGACAUCGCCAGCGUCGUCGCCUUGACACAGACCUACGCGACCACCGAGCCCUUCAUAGACUCCAAAUACGACAUCCGGGUGCAGAAGAUCGGAAGCAGCUACAAGGCGUAUAUGAAAACCUCGAUAUCCGGGAACUGGAAGACGAACGCGGGUUCUGCGAUGCUGGAGGAGGUGGCCAUGUCUGAAAGGUAUAAAUUCUGGGCUGAUACGUGUUCAGAAGUCUUCGGCGGGCUGGAUAUUUGUGGCGUAAAAGUUGUUCACGGGAAAGAUGGAAAGGAUUAUAUUAUCGAGGUCAUGGACUGCACGAUGCCCCUAAUUGGGGACCAUCAGUUUGAGGACCGGCAGCUGAUCGCCGACUUGGUGGUGGAGAAGAUGAACCAGAUUCUGAGUAAGACUCCGGGACCAUCGCCCGUCAGACCAACGGAGACCCAGCAGCCCCAGAGCGGAACGCUGCAGGAAUCGGACCCCAGCAAGACCCCGGCGCAGCGGCCCCCGCCACAGGGCUGCCUGCAGUACAUCCUCGACUGUAACGGGGUCGCUGUGGGGCCGAAGCCGGUCCAGGCCGUUUGAAUGGGGGCCGAAGAAGCGAAGACCAGAAAUGAAGGGAAACCUGGUGGUUUUGUGCAGUUUUCACCUCGUGGAACUCUGUGUAUCUAUGCAGCGUCUGCCCCUCCGUGUCCGGGUGUCCCUCGUCCGUGUGUGUAACGCUUCCAAUGUCCCCCGUUUAACACGUGACCCCCCCCUCGCUGCCGGCACACAGAACCGUCCCCGCGACACGAUGGCUUCUCUCCAGCGCGCAGAAACGCGUGAUUGGGCC